AAAGAAGCAAAGGACAGUGAUGCCCAAAGCACAGACAAGAAACGAACUCUCAAACGCAGCAUCAACCAGGAAAAGCCUGCCCUCGCGUCGCGUGGCGGCUCGCGUCUGUAGUACCUUCUUCGCCGGAUAAAUCUCGGCAAAACCCUCCUCUUCCUCAUCGCCAUGUCUCGAGCGAGGUAACCGGAGAGAUUGCUAGGGUUUAGGGUUUGGUUGCGGGUGGUGGAAUCGGGGCCGAUGGCAGCUGCGGCCCAGGCACUUCGCUUCCUCGUCCCCGGAUCGGCCGCCGGUGGGGGCAGCUUCGACGCCUUAAAUCGGAUUGUCGCUGACCUCUGCACCUCCGGUAACCCCAAGGAGGGAGCAUCAUCAGCUUUAAGAAAGUAUGUGGAGGAAGAAGCUCGCGAGCUUAUUGGGGAGGCUUUUGUUCGGUUUAUGGAUCAGUUGUAUGAACGUAUAUCAGCUCUUCUAGAAAGCAAUGAUCCUGAUGAGAACUUGGGUGCUUUGAGAGUCAUUGAUGAGCUUAUAGAUGUUUCUCUUGGUGAGAAUGCUUUGAAGGUUUCGAGAUUCUCAAAUUACAUGCGAACGGUAUUCGACGGAAAACGUGAUAAGAGAAUUUUGGUCCUUGCUAGUGGUGUUCUGGGCCAUCUAGCAAGGGCUGGCGGAGCAAUGAUUGCUGAUGAGAUGGAGUGCCAGUUAAAAAUUGCUUUAGAUUGGCUUCGUGGAGACAGAGUGGAGCAUCGUCUUCUGGCAGCUGUUCUGAUCUUGAAGGAAAUGGCUGAGAAUGCUUCAACUGUUUUCAAUGUCCAUGUUCCUGAAUUUGUUGAUGCUAUCUGGGUUGCAUUGAGGGAUCCGGAUGAGAAAAUACGAGAACAGGCUGUGGAGGCAUUACGUGCCUGCCUUCGUGUUAUUGAGAAGAGAGAAACGCGUUGGCGUGUGCAAUGGUACUAUCGAAUGUUUGAGGCCACACAAGAUGGCUUGGGUAGAAAUGCUUCUGUUCAUAGCAUACAUGGGUCAUUGCUUGCUGUCGGGGAGCUUUUGAGAAAUACAGGUGAAUUCAUGAUGUCGAGGUAUAGAGAAGUUGCUGACAUUGUUUUUAGAUAUUUAGACCACAAGGAUCGGCUUGUUCGACGCAGCAUAACGUCAUUGUUACCUCGGAUUGCACAUUUCCUUCGUGAUCGAUUUGUCACACACUAUUUAACGAUAUGCAUGAAGCAUAUACUUGCAGUUUUACAGACACCAGCUGAACGAGCCAGUGGGUUUAUAGCCCUUGGCGAGAUGGCAGGUGCUCUAGAUGGGGAGCUUGUUGAUUAUUUGCCGACAAUUAUGUCUCACAUACGUGAUGCAAUUGCUCCACGUAGAGGUAGGCCUUCACUUGAGGCUUUGGCAUGUGUUGGAAACAUUGCCAAAGCCAUGGGGCCGAGGAUGGAAUCUCACGUUCGUGGACUAUUGGAUGUUAUGUUUGCAGCUGGUCUCUCUCCGAUGCUUGUAGAGGCUCUUGAGAAAAUAACAAUCAGUAUUCCAUCUAUGCUACCGACAAUACAAGUUCGGUUGCUCAGCUGCAUUUCAAAUGUUCUUUCCAAGUCUCAUCCUCCACAGGCAAAGCCGGCUGUAGCCAUGGUUCGAGGGAGCAUGAUGAAUACUUCCCAACAAUUCUCUGAGUUCAGUGGUUCAGCACUUGUGCAACUUGCUCUGCAAACUCUUGCCCGUUUCAAUUUUAAGGGUCACGAGCUUCUUGAAUUUGUCAAAGAAUCGGUUGUUGGGUACUUGGACGAUGAAGAUGGAGCAACACGAAAAGAUGCAGCACUAUGCUGUUGCAGACUGGUUGCAAGUUCUUUCUCUGAUGUGGCAUCCACACAAUUUGGUGCAACUAGAUCAAAUCGAACUGGAGGAAAGCGAAGGCGACUGAUUGAGGAGCUUGUUGAGAAACUCCUCAUCGCUGCUGUUGCGGAUGCUGAUGUCACUGUAAGGCGGUCCAUCUUCUACUCCUUGCAUGUGAAUAGGGGAUUUGAUGAAUAUUUAGCACAGGCAGAUAGUCUCAGUGCAGUUUUUGCUGCUUUGAAUGAUGAGGAUUUUGAUGUUCGGGAAUAUGCUAUCUCAGUAGCUGGGAGGUUAUCUGAGAAGAACCCUGCCUAUGUCCUUCCAGCUCUUCGUCGCCAUCUUAUACAGUUGCUGACCUAUCUAGAGCAAAGUGCAGAUAGCAAAUGCAGAGAAGAAAGCGCAAAGUUACUUGGUUGCUUAAUACGAAAUUGUGAACGACUUAUACUCCCAUAUGUGGCUCCAAUUCACAAGGCCCUUGUCGCAAGGCUUGUGGAUAGCUCCAUGGGCAAUGCUAAUACAGGCAUUGUAAGCGGAGUUCUUGUAACUGUGGGGGAUCUUGCUAGAGUGGGCGGUUUUGCAAUGCGACAAUAUAUCCCAGAUCUAAUGCCUUUAAUUGUGGAUGCUCUAUUGGAUGGAGCUGCAGUCACAAAAAGAGAAGUGGCGGUGUCCACUCUGGGUCAGGUUGUACAGAGCACUGGGUAUGUGAUAACUCCUUACAAUGAGUAUCCUCCUCUACUUGGCUUACUCUUGAAAUUGCUGAAUGGUGAGUUAGCAUGGUCUACCAGGCGUGAAGUUCUUAAGGUUCUUGGGAUUAUGGGUGCUUUGGAUCCCCACAUGCAUAAACGAAAUCAGCUCAUGUUGCCUGGUCCACAUGGGGAAGUUGCUCGUGCUGCUGUUGAUUCAGGCCAGCACAUUCAGACCAUGGAUGAAGUACCUAUGGAUCUUUGGCCAUCUUUUGCUACAUCAGAGGAUUAUUAUUCUACGGUGGCGAUAAAUUCUCUGAUGCGGAUUCUUAGAGACCCCUCCCUUGCUAGUCACCACCAUAAAGUGGUUGGUUCACUUAUGUUCAUUUUUAAGUCAAUGGGUCUUGGUUGUGUUCCAUACUUGCCAAAGGUUUUACCUGAUCUCUUUCACAUAGUCCGUAUGUGUGAUGAUACACUGAAGGACUUCAUAACAUGGAAGCUUGGAACUCUUGUAUCCAUUGUCCGACAGCACAUACGCAAAUAUCGGCAAGAAUUGCUUUCGAUAAUCUCCGAACUGUGGUCAUCUCUGAGCUUGCCAACUGCCAAUCGUCCUCCACUUGGCUAUCCAGUUCUGCAUCUGGUCGAACAGCUGUGCUUGGCUCUCAAUGAUGAAUUCAGAACAUAUCUUCCCGAUAUACUUCCAUGUUGUAUUCAAGUCCUUAGCGAUGCAGAACGGUGCAACGACUACACAUAUGUUCUUGAUAUCCUUCAUACCCUUGAAGUCUUCGGUGGGACCUUGGAUGAGCACAUGCAUCUCCUUCUCCCAGCACUCAUUCGAUUGUUUAAGGAAGAUGCUCCAGUAGACAAACGGCGUGCUGCCAUUAAAACUUUAACCAGAUUAAUCCCUCGAGUUCAGGUUACUGGUCAUAUAUCUUCACUAGUCCAUCAUUUGAAGCUGGUUUUGGAUGGAAAAAUUGAUGAGCUCAGGAAGGAUGCUGUAGAUGCACUUUGUUGUCUUGCUUAUGCCCUUGGGGAGGAUUUCACCAUCUUCAUACCAUCGAUACACAAACUUCUUUUAAAACAUCGAUUAAGGCAUAAGGAAUUUGAGGAGAUUGAAGGUCGUGUCCAUAGACGUGAACCGCUGAUCUCAGGAAGCACGACUGCUCAAAAGCUAAGCCGACGGCUUGCUGUAGAAGUAAUCAGUGACCCAUUGAAUGAUAUGGAGAAUAAUCCAUAUGAAGAUGGGUCUGAUGUGCAAAAAGAGCAUAGAGCUCGUCAGGUCAAUGUUGGUCGUCUACUUGCUGCUGGGGAGGCUUCUCAACGCAGUACUAGAGAAGAUUGGGCUGAAUGGAUGCGGCACUUUAGCAUUGAGCUCUUGAAACAAUCUCCAUCUCCAGCUCUGCGAACAUGUGCAAGGUUGGCACAGUUGCAGCCCUUUGUUGGAAGGGAGUUAUUCGCUGCUGGUUUUGUGAGCUGUUGGACGCAACUGAGUGAAUCUAGUCAGAAACACUUGGUUCGGAAUUUAGAGAUGGCAUUUUCUGCUCCAAAUAUCCCUCCUGAAAUUCUUGCAACACUUCUUAACUUGGCUGAGUUCAUGGAGCAUGAUGAGAAGCCCCUUCCUAUUGACAUCCGACUCCUUGGUGCUCUUGCAGAGAAGUUUCGUGCUUUUGCAAAGGCACUGCAUUAUAAAGAAAUGGAGUUUGAAGGUGCACGCUCCCAGAAGAUGGAUGCUAACCCUGUUGCUGUAGUUGAAGCUCUAAUACAUAUAAAUAAUCAGCUACACCAACAUGAGGCGGCAGUUGGAAUACUAACCUAUGCCCAGCAAAACCUGGAUGUGCAACUGAAGGAGUCAUGGUAUGAGAAAUUGCAGCGAUGGGAUGAUGCUCUGAAGGCAUAUACUCUCAAGGCAUCUAGUGCACAUCUGGUUUUAGAUGCUACAUUAGGCCGGAUGCGAUGUCUUGCGGCUUUAGCUAGAUGGGAAGAACUCAACAAUUUAUGUAAGGAAUAUUGGACCCCAGCUGAGGCAGCCCCCCGGCUAGAAAUGGCACCAAUGGCUGCUAGUGCUGCUUGGAACAUGGGAGAAUGGGAUCAGAUGGCGGAGUAUGUCUCUAGACUGGAUGAUGGUGAUGAAACUAAGCUUCGAGGUUUAGGAAAUGCUGCUGCUAAUGGUGAUGGCAGUAGCAAUGGCACAUUCUUUAGGGCUGUUUUACUUGUGCGCAGAGGGAAGUAUGAUGAGGCACGUGAAUAUGUUGAAAGGGCCAGAAAGUGCUUGGCAACUGAGCUUGCUGCUUUGGUCUUGGAGAGCUACGAUCGUGCUUACACCAACAUGGUCCGUGUUCAGCAGCUUCUGGAACUGGAAGAGGUCAUCGAUUACUCUACUCUUCCUUUGGGAAACACUGUCGCAGAAGGACGGCGAGCCCUUAUUCGGAAUAUGUGGACUGAGCGCAUUAAAGGAGUGAAAAGAAAUGUUGAGGUUUGGCAAGGCCUGUUGGCCGUUAGAGCACUUGUUCUACCACCGACGGAAGAUAUUGAAACGUGGCUCAAAUUUUCUUCUCUUUGUAGAAAAAGUGGACGAAUUAGUCAGGCUAGAUCUACCUUAAUUAAGCUCUUGCAGUUUGACCCUGAAACAUCUGAAAAUGUGGGAUACCGUGGUCCUCCACAAGUAAUGCUGGCAUACUUGAAGUACCAGUGGUCUCUUGGCGAGGAUAUUAAGCGAAAAGAAGCGUUUUUUAGGCUUCAGAAUUUGGUUGUAGAACUCUCGAGUGCAACAAAUCUUCAGGCCAUUUCUCCAAUAGGUUUAAGCAGUAAAAGUCCAAGUGCUCGACUGCUCGCACGUGUAUAUCUCACACUUGGUUCCUGGCAGUGGGCGCUUUCUCCAGGUUUAGAUGAAGAAACUAUAAAAGAAAUUCUCAAUGCAUUUGGAAGUGCCACUCAAUGUGAACCAAAGUGGGCGAAAGCAUGGCAUAAAUGGGCGUUGUUCAAUACUGCUGUGAUGUCGCAUUAUACUUUAAGAGGUUAUCCCAAUGUCGCCGCCCAAUUCGUCGUGCAAGCAGUAACUGGAUAUUUUCAUUCGAUUGCAUGUGGGGCUAAUACAAAAGGUGGUGAUGAUAGUUUGAAGGAUAUACUUCGUCUUCUCACGCUAUGGUUCAACCAUGGAGCUACUGUAGAAGUUCAAAUGGCCCUGCAGAAAGGACUCACUCUUGUAAAAAUCAACACAUGGCUGGUCGUGCUGCCACAAAUAAUUGCCAGAAUUCAUUCAAACAACCGUGCUGUUAGGGAGCUUAUCCAAUCACUUUUAGUUCGCAUUGGACAAAGUCAUCCACAGGCCCUCAUGUACCCUCUUCUAGUGGCGUGCAAAUCGAUAAGCAAUUUACGAAGAGCUGCUGCUCAGCAAGUUGUUGAUAAAGUACGAAAGCACAGUGAUGCGCUUGUAGAGCAGGCACAACUUGUAUCAACGGAGCUCAUCAGGGUUGCAAUUCUUUGGCAUGAAAUGUGGCAUGAAGCAUUGGAAGAGGCUAGUCGCCUCUAUUUCGGGGAGCACAAUAUUGAAGCAAUGCUAAAGGCGCUGGAGCCGUUGCACGAAUUGCUUGAGGAAGGGGCUAGGAAAAGCGAUACAACCAUCAAAGAGAGGGCAUUCAUUGAGGCUUACCAUGCGGAGUUGAUGGAGGCAUAUGAAUGCUGCAUGAAAUAUAAGAGAACUGGUAAAGAUGCUGAGCUUACACAGGCAUGGGAUCUUUACUAUCAUGUAUUCAGGCGAAUAGACAAGCAGCUUCAGAGUCUUACCACCCUGGACCUCCAGUCUGUCUCUCCUGAGUUGUUGAAUUGUCGUGACUUGGAGCUUGCAGUGCCUGGGACGUACCGUGCAGAUGCACCAGUGGUGACAAUUGCAUCAUUUGCUCCUCAACUGGAUGUCAUAACUUCCAAACAAAGGCCUCGAAAGUUAACUAUUCAUGGGAGUGAUGGCGAAGAUCAUACUUUUCUGCUGAAGGGACAUGAAGAUCUACGUCAGGAUGAACGUGUCAUGCAGCUCUUUGGUCUGGUGAAUACUUUGUUGGAAAAUAAUAGAAAAACGGCUGAAAAGGAUUGGUCAAUCCAAAGAUAUUCUGUGAUUCCACUAUCCCCAAAUAGUGGAUUAAUUGGAUGGGUCCCAAAUUGUGACACUUUACACCUACUGAUUCGAGAAUAUAGAGAUGCCAGAAAGAUUACUCUCAAUCAAGAGCACAAACAUAUGCUAAGUUUUGCCCCAGAUUAUGAUCAUUUGCCCCUGAUAGCCAAAGUUGAAGUUUUUGAGUACGCCCUACAGAAUACAGAAGGAAAUGACCUUGCAAGGGUUCUGUGGUUGAAGAGCCGCACCUCUGAGGUUUGGCUGGAGAGGCGGACUAAUUACACUCGGAGCUUGGCAGUCAUGAGCAUGGUGGGCUACCUUCUUGGCUUAGGUGAUCGCCAUCCAAGCAACCUUAUGUUGCACCGUUACAGUGGGAAGAUCUUACACAUUGAUUUUGGGGACUGCUUUGAAGCUUCGAUGCACCGAGAAAAAUUCCCAGAGAAGGUACCUUUCCGCUUGACUAGAAUGCUUGUGAAAGCAAUGGAGGUCAGUGGCAUUGAGGGGAACUUCCGUUCAACUUGCGAAAAUGUGAUGCAAGUGCUUCGAACGAAUAGGGACAGUGUAAUGGCAAUGAUGGAGGCUUUUGUACAUGAUCCACUUAUUAAUUGGCGCCUUUUUCCCCAAGUAUCAAUGAUUGCUAAUACUCAUGUCCCACCUGUUGUGAAUGCUGAAGAAUCUUCUCAAAAUAGAGAGCUUGUUCAGCCACAGCGUGGUGCCAGAGAGAGGGAGCUUCUUCAGGCUGUUAAUCAACUUGGUGAUGCUAAUGAGGUGCUGAAUGAACGUGCUGUGAUGGUCAUGGCUCGGAUGAGUAAUAAGCUUACUGGCCGUGACUUUUCCAGCUCUCCAAUAUCCAGCAGCUCUAACCAACAUUCCGUGGAUCACAGCAAUUUAUUUUCAGGGGAUUCCCGUGAAGAUCAUGGUUUAUCUGUUAAACUUCAAGUUCAAAAGUUGAUUAUUCAAGCUACAUCACAUGAAAAUUUGUGCCAGAACUACGUUGGGUGGUGUCCUUUCUGGUGAGCUGAAGAUAAUCAUAUGUUAUAUAUAUUGUGCAUAGCUGGGAAUUGUCUUGGUACCUCAGAGGUAGCAUAAUGUAGUAUAUGGUUUAUUGUUGUCUUUUGUACAGAAACUCAUGGUGUAUAGAUGCAAUCUGAAUUAAUAGAGAACUGAAUAGUUGGGCAUAGGACCAGCAAUAUUUGUUGUCAAGAAGCAACUUGUAAAGCGUUGAUGUGAUGACAUUGUACAAGGGAGAUCACAAAGGCAACGGCCACUGCUUAUAUGGGCUGACGAGGCCUUUGUUGAUAGACACGGACUAUCCUAGAUUAUAGACUGAUUGUCUAGAUGUCGAGCUUUCCGAUAGGGGAGGGAAUGAAGCCAUCAGUAAAAUUCCAAGUUCAUAUGUCUAUGGGAUUUAAACAUAUACUAAUAUCAUUUACAAUUAAGAGGAACAGAGCGCAAGUUUGGGUGGCGGAAA